GCUCCGCAGAAUAACCUAAUUUAUAGACUGUACGGCAAUAACUUAAACAGAGCCCCCUUCGUCCCCCUUAAACCUUAGCAUUUUCCAUAAACCCUAAAUUCCUCUUUCUACCAACAGUUCUCUCUACUCGCGGCUACCAUGGCAACAGAAACUGUGAACCCAAAGGCAUACCCACUUGCUGAUUCGCAGCUUACAACGACUAUAAUGGAUUUGGUUCAACAAGCUGCUAACUAUAAGCAGCUUAAAAAGGGUGCUAAUGAAGCCACAAAGACACUAAACAGAGGAAUUUCAGAAUUUGUUGUAAUGGCAGCAGAUACUGAGCCCCUUGAAAUCCUUCUUCACCUUCCGCUCCUUGCUGAAGAUAAGAAUGUGCCCUAUGUCUUUGUCCCUUCAAAGCAAGCUCUUGGCCGGGCAUGUGGUGUCACCCGACCUGUAAUUGCUUGUUCAGUGACAAGCAAUGAGGGAAGCCAGUUGAAAUCUCAAAUACAACAAUUAAAGCUCCUUUGAAGCAUUUGGUUGAAUGAUUUGCUCAUUUCUAGUCGGAGUUAAAUUUUUAUCAAAGUCGAUAAUCAUAGGUGGGAAAUCUCCCUAAUUUUCUUCAAUUAAGCAGUCAUUCUCUAGUGUAAAUUUUGAUGUCCUAAGAAUCGCACAUGCCAUAGAUUUGGUUGGUGCAAGGAAGGAUCCUCUUUGGUUUCUCUUCGAUAUAAUUUUGUCAGCUGGUAGCUUCUAAAUGAUCAGCUCAACCUAUUAAUCAUGAAAUUAAUCAUUUAAUCCCAAUUUUAGGCUCAGUUCAUUUCACCAAGUUUUGGUAUACUUGGUCCCAACGAUUUUAUAAUCAUGGUUAUCAUAAAAGUGCAUUAUAAAAAGUUGUCCAAGUUCA